AUGAUCUUUUAUAAUUAUUACUUCUUCUUCUUCUUCUUCUUCUUCUUCUUCUUCUUCUUCUUUUCGCCCUUCUCCUCCUUGCUAUUUCUCCUCCUCUUCCUUUUUCUUCCUCUACUUCUUGACAUCAUCCUCCUCUUCCUCUUCCUCCUCCUCCUUCUCUAUCUUCUUGUUCUUCUCUUCCGUCUCGUCUUUUUUCUUCUUCUUCUUCUCUUCGCCCUUCUCCUCCUCAUUAUUUCUCCUCCUCUUCUUUUUUCUUCCUCUACUUCUUGUCAUCCUCCUCCUAUUCCUCUUCCUCGUCCUUCUUCUCCAUCUUCCUGUUCUCUUUCCUCUCGUCCUUCUUCUUCUUCUUCUUCUUCUUCUUCUUCUUCUUCUUCUUCUUCUUCUUCUUCUUCUUACCCUCGAUCUACAUAUACUUUUCCUCCUCCUCCACCUCAAUUUCCUUCUUCAUCUUCAAUUUCGUUUCCAUUCACUUACGCGCAAACUCUUUUUGUAAAUGUAUGA